AUGCAGCGUCAGUCCUGGAGACGAUGCCUUCGUCUUGGCGGCCGGUCACAUCUCCCUUGUGGGAGUCUUCCCCGCUUCGCUUUCGGAACCACUUUGAAGGAGUCGACUCCACCCGCCUGGUGGUUGAGCGGCCAGCCUCGGAAUGUCUUUAGAAGCAGGGCUGAGGUAGAGCUCCUCUCGCAGUUGGCAGUGCUACUGAUGCCUGAUGAGCCCAUUGCCGAGGCCUUCCGUGAUUUUUCGGUGAAGAAAUGCAGCGAGUGGGGUUCUAGCAGAUUGUGCCCGGAUUUGUCAGCAUAUGGUGUGCUGAAAGCAACCGAGGCUGCCCUGUUCAUUGAGUACGAUGGCUAUUAUCGGCACAUGGAGCCGCCGGGCUUGGCUACAGACACUCGAAAGACGAGCGCGCUGCUGAAGUUCGCUCCUGCAGGAUCUGUCGUAGUACGUAUCGCGCACAAGGAGCGACGGUGGAAGGACAAAUCCACGCAAGUAUUGGUGGACUGUUGGCAGUCCGAAGACGUGCCCUCUCUUCGCAAAACGGUGCGGCAAGUUGUAGUUUCUUUGCUGCAGUCGUGUCGUGCUGAGCUGGUGCCCAGCCUCGUUUCACUGCUGGAGCAACGUGCCCCAUCGCAAAUCGACAGGGAAGCAACAACCUUUGCAGUGGACGCAGAGUUGGUGGGCAGUGCGUUUAGCAGCAACAGACUAGCAGUUCAAGAGUUUCUCCAGAAGGACACACAGCUGACAACAGUCCAAGUUGCCAAGGCCAUUGCUAGGUUUCCUACAGUGCGUGGCUGCAGCGUUGAGGCAAAUCUGGGGCCGACAGUCGAAUGGAUCAAGGGGCUGGGCCUGAGCCACUCGCAUGUUGCCAAGGCGAUCGCGACCUAUCCGCCGGUGCUUGGCUUGAGCAUUGAGGCAAAUCUGAAGCCAACAGUCAAGUGGAUCAAAGGCUUGGGCUUGAGCCAGUCGCAGAUUGUCAAGGUGAUCGCGACCUUUCCCCCAGUGCUUGGCUUGAGCAUUGAGGCAAAUCUGAAGCCAACAGUUGAGUGGAUCAAAGGGCUGGGCCUGAGCCAGUCGCAGGUUGCCAAAGUUAUCGUGACCUUUCCCUCAGUACUUGGCUUGAGCAUUGAGGCAAAUCUGAAGCCAACAGUCAAGUGGAUCAAAGGCUUGGGCUUGAGCCAGUCGCAGAUUGUCAAGGUGAUCGCGACCUUUCCCCCAGUGCUUGGCUGCAGCAUUGAGGCAAAUCUGAAGCCGACAGUCGAGUGGAUCAAAGGGUUGGGCCUGAGCCAGUCGCAGGUUGCCAAGGUCAUCGCGAUGUUUCCGCCAGUGCUUGGUUACAGCAUUGCGGCAAAUCUGAAGCCGAAGGUCGAGUGGAUCCAGGGGCUGGGCCUGAGCCAGUCGCAGGUUGCCAAGGUGAUCCUCAGACAUCCGCCAGUGCUUGGCUAUAGCAUUGAGGAAAAUCUGAAGCCGACAGUCGAAUGGAUCAAAGGGCUGGGCCUGAGCCAGUCGCAGGUUGCCAAGCUGAUGUCGACAUUUCCGCAAGUGCUUGGCUUGAGCAUUGAGGAAAAUCUGAAGCUAACAGUCGAGUGGAUCAAGGGGUUGGGCUUGAGCCAGUCGCAGGUUGCCAAGGUGAUUGAGGCAAAUCUGAAGCCAACAGUUGAGUGGAUCAAAGGGCUGGGCUUGAGCCAGUCGCAGGUUGCCAAAGUUAUCGUGACCUUUCCCUCAGUACUUGGCUUGAGCAUUGAGGCAAAUCUGAAGCCAACAGUCAAGUGGAUCAAAGGCUUGGGCUUGAGCCAGUCGCAGAUUGUCAAGGUGAUCGCGACCUUUCCCCCAGUGCUUGGCUUGAGCAUUGAGGCAAAUCUGAAGCCGACAGUCGAGUGGAUCAAAGGGUUGGGCCUGAGCCAGUCGCAGGUUGCCAAGGCCGGGGCCAAGAUCGAGGCCGCCCAGCCCCCGGCCGAGCCGACCUCGGGUUCGGCGGCGUCGCCGAAGCGGAAGCCGGCGGCGAAAGGCAAAGCCAAGGCAAAGCCCUUCGCCACGACCUUCGCCACGGCCAGCCUCAGCAACCAAAUCGGCAUGUUUUCCGACUACGCCGGUUGGAUUUCCGAUGGCUCAGACCUGACUUUUGUCACGCCUGGGCUAAGCCCAGAGCGGCGCCCAGCAUCUGCUCCCAAAGGGAACAUGAGGCCUCCAUGCCGGAGAGGGCAGCCUCGUGUUAGCGCCCUCCGCCUGCUGUGCCUUCUUCUCGGAGCUGCGCUGCCUGCCUCCGUUCCGCCCCUCUGGUGGCGGAAGGGUCGACCUCGAGAGAAGUUGGGGAGCAGGGCUGAGGCAGAGAUCCUUUGCCAACUGGCCGUGCUACUGAUGCCGGAUGUACCCAUCGCCGAGGCUUUCCGUGAUUUUCCGGUGAAGAAAUGCAAACAGUGGGGUUCCAGCAGACUGUCCCCGGAUUUGACAGCUUGCGGUGUACUCAAAGCAACCGAUGCUGCCCUGUUCAUCGAGUAUGAUGGUCAUUAUCGUCACAUGGAGCCACCGGGCCUGGCCAGGGACGUGCGGAAGACCAGCGCGCUGCUGAAGUUCGCUCCUGCGGGAUCUGUCGUAGUCCGCAUCGCGCACAAGGAGCGACAGUGGAAGGACGAGUCAGUGCAAUUGCUGGUGGAGAGCUGGUGUGCUGAGCGCGAACCUUCGCUCCUGACCGUCCUAAAUCAAGUCGCUGCUUCUCUUUUGAAGGAGUGCCGUGGCAGGCUGCAUCCCACGGUAGCUUCACGCCUGGAAGCCUUCGCUGCAGAGGAAGGCAUCAACAAGGAUGCAAGUACCCACGCUAAAGAGGCCGAGCUGGUUGGCAUGUCAGACAGCAGCAGGCCGAAUUUGGAAGAGUUUCUCUGCAAGGAAGUAGGUUUGGAUACUUGGCAGGCUGCCAAGGUGAUCGCGACCUUUCCCCCUGUGCUGAGCUUGAGCAUUGAGGCAAAUUUGAAGCCGACAGUGGAAUGGAUCGAGGGCUUGGGCCUGAGCCAGCCGCAGGUUGCCAAGAUGAUCGCCAAGUUUCCUAAAGUGCUCAGCUACAGCAUUGAAUCAAACCUGAAGCCAACAGUGCGAUGGACCCGGGGGCUGGGCCUGAGCCAGUCGCAGGCCGCAAAGGUCAUUGCGAUGUUUCCGCAAGUGCUUGGCUACAGCAUUGGGGCAAAUCUGAAGCCGACGGUCGAAUGGAUGAAGGGGCUGGGCCUGAGCCAGUCGCAGGUAGCCAAGAUGAUCGCGACCUGUCCAUCAGUGCUUGGCUUGAGCAUUUCGGCAAAUCUGAAGCCGACAGUUGAAUGGAUCAAGGGGCUGGGCCUGAGCCAGUCGCAAGUUGCCAAGGUGAUCGCGAGGUGUCCCCAAGUGCUUAGCUACAGCAUUGAAGCAAACCUGAAGCCAACAGUCGACUGGAUCAAAGGGUUGGGCCUGAGCCAGUCGCAGGUUGCCCAGGUGAUCUUGCAGCGUCCGCAAGUACUUGGCUAUAGCAUUGAGGAAAAUCUGAAGCCAACAGUCGAGUGGGUCAAGGGGCUGGGCCUGAGCCAGUCGCAGGUUGCCAAGGUGAUCUUGCAGCAUCCGCAAGUGCUUGGCUUGAGCAUUGAGGCAAAUCUGAAGCCGACAGUCGAAUGGAUCAAGGGGUUGGGCCUAAGCCAAUCACAGGUUUCCAAGCUGAUCGCGACAUUUCCGCCAGUGCUUGGCUUGAGCAUUGAGGCGAAUCUGAAGCCGACAGUUGAAUGGAUCAAGGGGCUGGGCCUGAGCCAGUCGCAAGUUGCCAAGGUGAUCUUGCAGCGUCCGCAAGUGCUUGGCUUGAGCAUUGAGGCAAAUCUGAAGCCAGCGGUAGAAUGGAUGGAGGGGCUGGGGAUGAGCAAGUGUCAAGUUGGCAACUUGAUUGCAACAUUUCCUCCGGUGUUUGGCCUUCGUAUCGACACAAAUCUGUAUGCCCACUCAGGCUUUGAUUGUCCGACACUCGUUGCCUACACGACAGAGUCCCGAUCGACAUCGGCCCGGGCCAGCCCCAACCAGCUCACGACCAAGGUUAGAGACGCCCAAAAAACUGCGCCAGAGGGCGCCUCGCCCUUGCACCUGGCGGCGCAGCUGGGGAAGCCCGAGCUGGUGAGCCUCCUCCUGGAGCUCGAGGCAGAUCCCAACCUCGCGUCGACCCAGGUGGAGCUUCUCUCGCAGCUGGCAGUGCUGCUCAUGCCAAACGCGCCCAUUGCCGAGGCUUUCCGCGAUUUCCCUGUGCAAAAAUCCAAGGAGUGGGGUUCAAGCAGACUGUCCCCGGAUUUGACAGCUCACGGUGUGCUCAGAGCAACUGAUGCUGCACUCUUCAUCGAAUACGAUGGCUAUUAUCGGCACAUGGAUCCAGCAGGCUUGGCAACAGACAUUCGCAAGACGAGUGCACUAUUGAAUUUCGCUCCUGCGGGAUCUAUCGUACUGCGCAUCGCGCACAAGGAGCGACAGUUGAAGGACAAGUCCACGCAAGUAGUGGUGGACAGCUGGUAUGCUGAGCACGAGCCUUCGCUCCUGAACGCCCUCAACCAAGUCGCUGCUUCUCUUUUGAAGGAGUGCCGUGGCAGGCUGCAUCCCAGGCUAGCUUCACGCCUGGAAGCCUUCGCUGCAGAGGAAGAGGAAGGAGUCAACGAGAAUGCAAGUACCUGCGCCAAAGAGGCCGAGCUGGUUGGGAUGUCAGACAGCAGCAGGCCGAAUUUGGAAGAGUUCCUUUGCAAGAAAGUAGGUUUGAAUACUUGGCAGGUUGCCAAGGUGAUCGCGAAAUCUCCUCAAAUGCUGGGCUUGAGCAUUGAGGAGAAUCUGACGCCAACAGUCAAAUGGAUCACGGGCUUCGGCCUGAGCCAGUCGCAGGUUGCAAAGGUGAUCGCGACGUUUCCUACACUGCUUGGCUACAGCAUUGAGACAAAUCUGAAGCCAACAGUCGAAUGGAUCAAGGGGCUGGGCUUGAGCCAGUCGCAGGUUGCCAAGGUCAUCCACGGACAUCCGCAAGUGCUUGGCUACAGCAUUGAGGCAAAUCUGAAGCCGACGGUCGAAUGGAUCAAGGGGCUGGGCCUGAGCCAGUCGCAGGUUGCCAAGGUCAUCCUCGGACGUCCGCAAGCGCUUGGCUUGAGCAUUGAGGCAAAUCUGAAGCCGACGGUCGAAUGGAUGAAGGGGCUGGGCCUGAGCCAGUCGCAGGUUGCCAAGGUGAUCCUCGGACAUCCGCAAGUGCUUGGCUACAGCAUCGAGGCAAAUCUGAAGCCAACAGUGCAAUGGAUCAAGGGGCUGGGCCUGAGCCAGUCGCAGGUUGCCAAGGUGAUCGCGAGGUUUCCCCAAGUGCUUGGCUACAGCAUUGAGGCAAAUCUGAAGCCAACAGUCGAAUGGAUCAAGGGGCUGGGCCUGAGCCAGUCGCAGGUUGCCAAGGUGAUCGCGACCUUUCCCUCAGUGCUUGGCUUGAGCAUAGAGGCGAAUCUGAAGCCGACAGUUGAAUGGAUCAAGGGGCUGGGCCUGAGCCAGUCGCAGGUUGCCAAGGUGAUCGCGACCUUUCCCUCAGUGCUUGGCUUGAGCCUUGAGUCAAAUCUGAAGCCAACAGUCGACUGGAUCAAAGGGUUGGGCCUGAGCCAGUCGCAGGUUGCCAAGGUCACCGCAAGAUUUCCCUCAGUGCUUGGCUACAGCAUUGAGGCAAAUCUGAAGCCAACAGUCGAAUGGAUCAAGGGGUUGGGCCUGAGCCAGUCGCAGGUUGCCAAGGUGAUCCUCAGACACCCGCAAGUGCUUGGCUUGAGCAUUGAAGCAAAUCUGAAGCCAAGUGUCGAAUGGAUCAAGGGGCUGGGCCUGAGCCAGUCGCAGGUUGCCAAGGUGAUCGCGACCUUUCCCCCAGUUCUUGGCUUGAGCAUUGAGGGAAAUUUGAAACCAACGGUCGAAUGGAUCAAGGGGCUGGGCCUGAGCCAGUCGCAGGUUGCCAAUGUGGUCGUGACUUUUCCACACGUGCUUGGUUUGAACACUGAGGCAAACUUAACGUCAAAGUUCAUUUUAAUUGCACGUUUCUUCGCACCGGCAGAUGCUGCAGGGCUUCUGGCGAGAACUCCGCGACUUUGGAGCUAUCGGCACGCUCGCCUUGAACAUCGCCUGCACGUGCUAAAGUCGCAAGGUCAGCUGUCCAAACUUGCCGGCGCCAUGGCUUUGGGGUCAGAUGCCUUCAACCGCAGAUUCCCAACUUCACGGCUGCCGACUCAGUGGCAAACCAUCUCGCUUCGACAAGAGCCUUGCGGAUAG